UUUCCAUGGAGUGUCGUUCCCUCGUGUACUAAGGAGAACAAAAGUAACAGAAGUUAUGGCGUUGCUUUACUUCUUCGAUUCCACAGCGAAAUUUCCUGGAUUGGAUUAUGAUUCAUUAUGUAGCUAUUUCUAUAAUGCUUUCCUCCAAACAAGAUUGAGUGAGAAAGGAGCCAUCAAACAUUUCUGGAAGAUUCCUGGAGAACCAAGACUGAUUGGGGUCGUCAGUGUGGAGGCCCCAGGAGAGCUGGAUGCAUUUUUUAAGUCCGCCGUAUGGUUGCAAGGUUUCAGCAUCCACGUUACUACCGUUUUUACCCCUCUUAGGGCAUAUGAAGAUUUCGCUGCUACUGUUGGGGACAGGCUUGGGGAAGAAAGCAAUAUUAGUCUAGUAGAAUGUGUACCAAGAACUGGCCUGCAUUAUUUUCUCACAUUUACUGUGGAAUACGAAGGUAUGACUCAGGAAGACCUCUUCAGAAUCUGGCGCGAAGAAGCAAAGGCUGCUCUGGAUGCUAAGAAAUCUGGAACUGUGUUGGACUUGUGGAAAGUGGUGGCAGAACGAAAGGUGUUUGCCAUUGUGUGUGUUUCCAAACCAGGGGAUCUGGACGCGAUAUCAUUUGACCUGCCUAUCAUGAAGAAAAUGGGAGACAAAGUCCAUAUCACAUGCAAGUCUCUUCGCCAAGCUGACGACUGGAUCAAAGAAGUCAGGCGUAAAACAUAUAACGCCAUAAGUCUACCUGACCAUUGUAAAUAGAUUUCAUUUCAUUUCACCUGCGGAUGAAAAUUAAUUAAGGCAAUGAUCCUCGUCGGUGAACUAAAAUCUAAGCAAUAUUAUAGAAAAGAAGCCAGAACAGAUUUGCGUUAUUCAGGGAAGGUUAUAUGUAAGGAAGUUUUGGCUCGUCAUAUGAAGGGUAUUAUGA